CACCAAGUUUGCCCAAUAUUCAAUCUGUGUACCUGCACUUCCAUAUAUAGCAAUGCGUGUGUACAGAGUUUGAAGCUUCGUACGAUACGUGUACAGCCGUCAAAAACAACUCACACCGUCUGUAAUUUAAAGGAAGGAGGGGGGGCUUUCUUGUCAUUACAGCCAUAAAGUAGCUUAGAUCAUUUUUGCCGCCAUUCUCCACCCCUUAUUACAGUGCUCUUGUUCUUGAUUAUGUCUUAAUCUCUUCCAACUACACCAUUCGUGUGAUGACUUGGAUUGUGCGUAGUGUUGAUGGUUCGACUGAGAAAGGCGUUGAUGAAGCUCCCAACUACAGUGAUAAGCCUGAUAAAUUCACCCUGAAAUUUCAUUUUGAUGGUAACUUGGAUGUACAUCGUAAGACUUAUGUUGGAGGGUCAAUCAAAUAUGUAGAUAUGUGUGAUGUUGAUGAGAUGAGCUACUUAGAAAUUGGUAAUAUGUACACUGAAUGUGGUGGUACUGGUUAUGUGACUGAGGUCUGGUACAAGCUUCCUAAUGCUGAAUUUGAAAGUGGUAUGUGCCCUUUGUCAAGUGAUGCUCAUGUGUUGGAAUUGUGUAACUCUCUGCCACCAAACAGAGUAAUGUAUGUUUAUGUUCAUAGUGAAAUUCUCCUCACCCAAGACUACCUACCUUCACAACAAUAUGAUCUAUCCUUUAUUGAUGACCCUCUUAAUAAUGCCUAUGAUAAAGAAGUGAUUGAUCAACUAUUGCAUCUUGAGGGACUGCAUAAUGAAAUGGAUGAUGUGCAAGCAGAUGAAGUAGUUGUAGAGAAGGACAAUGAUGUUGGGGAGCAAGUGGUGGAUCAUAGUGAUGCCAUUAGCUUUCAUGGUGAUAGCUCAAACAUGGACUCAACAGAUGAUGAUGUGAGUGCUUUGAAGACUGAUAUACUGAAGCAGAAGAAGAAGAGUGAGGCCACAACUGUUGAGGACUUUGGUCAGUUUGAGUUUGACAUAGGUACUCUUACUGGUAUGUUGACUGAAGAAGAAGGGCAAGAAGGGGAAGAAGAAGAGUUUAGUGAUUACUGUGGAAGUGAAGAAGAGAGGAUGGCUGCUAACACCACAGAUGAAGAAGAGGAGAGUUACAAUGCUUUUAAUGAAGACACAGAUAUGGGAAAUCCAAAGUUUGAGAUGGGGAUGCUGUUUUGUAGUGCUAAUGCAUUUAGGGAAGCUGUGAGAAAGCAAGCAAUUGUUGAAAGGAGGCCAAUUAGACAGAUGAGAAACUAUGGUGUAAGAGUUAAGUUUGUCUGCAUGGGAAAGGGCUGUCAUUGGAAAAUUUAUGCUUCUAAAAUGCAAAGCAGUUCAACAUACCAGAUUAAGACAUAUCAUAGAAAUCACACAUGUGGAACCACCUUUGAGCAGAAGCAAAUUAGCAGCAGCUGGUUAGCAAAAGAGUAUGAGAAUGAUAUCAGGAUGAAUCCAACCUGGCCAUUAGCAUCUUUUCAGAAGAAAAUAAUAAAUGACUGGCAUUGCCAUGUGAGUAUUUCCAUGGUAGGGAGGGCUGGCCAUGAAGAAUAUCAGAGGAGAUCAUGUACAACAAUAUGCUAA